AUGCAACUCAUCUUCUCCGUCCUCUUACCUUUCCUUGCAUUCUCAUCCUUUGCGGAAGAAUCAAAUCCCUCCCAUUUCCAAAACAUAGCCACUCUCGGCGGAGUCCACGAAUCCCAUGCCUCCCAGAACAGCCUCGAAACCGAAGACCUCGCUCGCUUCGCCGUCCAAGAUCACAACAACAAGGAGAAUGCUCUGCUUGAGUUUGUGAGGGUGGUGAAGGCGAAGGAGCAGGUGGUUGCUGGCACUCUGCACCAUCUGACGAUCGAGGCAAUCGAUGCCGGAAAGAAGAAGCUUUACGAAGCCAAAGUCUGGGUGAAGCCAUGGGUGGGCUUUAAGGAAGUGCAGGAGUUCAAGCACGCUGGUGAGUGCGAGGAAACGCUGUCGUUUACCCCUUAA